AUGGCUAUCCGUUUGCCAUCAACAAUUGCACACGCCAAGCAAAUCAUGAUGAAGUUACAAUCUUCUCAGACAAAGAAAGGCUAUCUAGCCGUAUAUGUGGGAGAGAUUCAAAAGAAGCGGUUUCUUGUUCCUAUAUCAUAUUUGAAUCAUCCUACAUUCUUAGCCUUGUUGCAAAGAUCAGAAGAUGAGUUUGGGUUUCAGCAUCCUAUGGGUGGAUUAACAAUUCCUUGCAAAGAAGAAACCUUCCUUCAUCUCACAUCUAGCCUUAAUUAA